UUGAAUACAGACAGAUGAACAGAUCACAUUUGACAGCUGUCAAAUUCUUCUUUCUUGUAAAGUCAACCAUGGCGGCCGGGGUACUUUACACUUAUCCGGAAAACUUCCGUGCUUACAAGGCGCUAAUCGCCGCUAAGUACUCCGGGGCCGACGUAAAAGUUGCUCCCAACUUUGUGUUCGGCGAGACCAACAAGUCUGAUGCCUUCCUGAAGAAGUUCCCCGCUGGAAAAGUGCCAGCCUUUGAAAGCACUGACGGGAAAGUUCUGUUGACCGAGAGCAAUGCCAUCGCUUACUACGUGUCGAACGCGGCUCUCCGCGGAGGUGACCUGCCGACACAGGCGCAGGUGUGGCAGUGGGCGUCGUGGGCUGACAGUGAGGUGCUCCCCGCCUCCUGCGCCUGGGUGUUCCCUUACCUCGGCAUCAUGCAGUUCAACAAAGUCAACGUAGAGCGUGCAAAGAACGACCUGCUGGCCGCUCUCCAAGUGCUGGACGCCCGUCUCCAGACCCGCACCUUCCUGGUCACGGAGCGAGUGACGCUGGCUGACAUCGUGGUCUUCACCACUCUGCUGCACGCUUACCAGCACGUCCUCGAGCCCUCCAUCCGUUCCUCUCUGGUCAACGUGACCCGCUGGUUCCUCACCAUCGCCAACCAGCCCCAGGUCUCCGCCGUGGUGGGCGCGGUCACGCUGUGCGCCGCCACCCCCGUGUACGAUGCCAAGAAGUACCAGGAGCUUGCUGCCAAGAAGGAUGGCGGCAAGAAGGACAAAAAGGUAGAGAAGAAGGAACAGCCCAAGAAGGAGCAGGCUAAGAAGGAGAAGCCCGCCCCCGAAGAGGUUGAUGACCUUGAUGAGAAGCCCAAGGAGUCUAAGGACCCCUUCGACUCCAUGCCCAAGGGAACCUUCAACAUGGACGACUUCAAGCGCUCGUACUCCAACGAGGAUGAGGCGGUCUCCAUCCCGUACUUCUGGACCAAGUUCGACCCCGAACACUACUCCAUCUGGUACGCCGAGUACAAGUACCCGCAGGAGCUGAGCAAGGUGUUCAUGAGCUGCAACCUUAUCACAGGAAUGUUCCAGCGUCUAGACAAGAUGCGCAAGCAGGCGUUCGCGUCGGUGUGCCUGUUCGGCGGCGACAACGACUCCACCAUCAGCGGCGUGUGGGUGUGGCGCGGCCAGGAGCUCGCCUUCCCGCUGUCGCCUGACUGGCAGAUUGACUACGAAUCCUACGACUGGAAGAAACUGGACCCCAAGAGCGAGGAGACCAAGAAACUAGUCCAAGACUACUUCUCAUGGUCCGGCACCGACAAGCAGGGGCGCAAGUUCAACCAAGGAAAGAUCUUCAAGUAAACGACCCGUCCCCACCCUCAAACAUAGUCACUGGAAUAGCCUCUUAGUAACAAUGUGAUCUAUGCUUAGCUCGGUUGAAAAUCGGGUGUGUAUUUUGCAUUGGACAUAACUGGGAGGUUAUUCUUGUGUAUGCUGUGUUUAAAUUUCUCUCUGUGAACAAUUAAAUUAUUCGAUUUCGAGGGUAACAUGUAAGAGAAUCCUUUUUUUAUAUAUUAAAAACUUGCAUUUAUAUAAUAAGUGGAGCGUCAGUCAGUGAUCCAUCUCAAUAUUUGUACGAAAAGCCGCUGUGUAAUGAAAGUAAAUAAAUAUUGUUUUAUUUAUAAAUA